CACCGACGGCAUACAAGGGGACACACGCAACACUGAGGACUCCUCAGUGAGGAGGAACUGAGAAUGAAUGACCGAGUUCAAACAAAGUGUCCGUGAGUUUCUGUUGGGAAAGGAUCAAGAUUUGUGGCAAACUGUGCAGGAUUGCCUUCAUCUCCAAAAUCCGGGUUGCAGCCGGUUUUUCACCUUAAUCUGUCAACUAAACGUAUGGACUUAAGGAAGUUGCCACCUCUGUAUCUCAUGAAUUUGCGACCACUGCAAAAUAAAAGAGGGAAAAGAAAGAAAACAACUGUCUGAUGAGUGGAGUCCUGCUCAAUAUGGAAGCGAAUGUGACUCAAAACUGAAAUGCAAAAGCAUUAGCAGAAAUGCUUUUGCAUUUCAAAGUCAUGGCUGCACUUUUUGCAUUUUCGUGUUCCCCCGCAAAAAGUGUCUCAUAAUUCAAAUGCAAAUGCAUUCUCAAGUGGCGCAGGAAAGUGACGUCACGGACCCCCCCUCGUUCUGGCCCCUUCUGCAUUUUACGCCACUUUAAACAAUGCCGGCUCAUUGCGCUGCAUUUAAUUGCACACUUUGGAGACAAGGAAACUUGGAAUAACUUAGAGAGAGAGAGAGAGAGAGAGAGAGAGAGAGAGAGAGAGAGAGAGAGACCCCCACUUACUUAAAAACACAGACAACUGAACAGUCACGUGACGCCAUGCGAGAAGGAGCCACGGAGUAGGGAGCUCCCCACUGCAUUGCUACUUUUAUCCUUUAAAACAUUUACACCAGAGAUAUUAUUGUCUGGCCUACUGGUUUUAAAUCAACGGCGGUGCAAAAAAUGUCGAAACUUUCCAAGUCCUCGGCCUGUGGAGAUAUUAAAAGACAUCUGUGGUCGCAUGGGGCUGAUGCCACGAUGCAAAAUCAAGAUGAAGCUAACGAGCCCGAGCUGCAACAAGCUAGCGAUAUAGCUCAUGACAUUAGCAACAUUUACUUAGCACUAACAAAGAUCUCCGAAGAUCUGGCGGGGCUAGCAGAAAUACGUCGCACCACCGCAUCGGUAGAGGCUAAACUCUCGUCUUUAAUUACGAGAAUGGACGACGUGGAAAAGCGAGUGGAGUACUUGGAGAGAGCCGAACAUGAAUGGCAAGAUAACCCGCCAGCUAGCAAGACGGAGGUCGGACAGAUAUGGGACAAAUUAGAAGACAUGGAGAAUCGCUCGAGACGGAACAAUGUUCGCUUCAUCGGCUUUCCGGAGGGUAAAGAGGGAGGAGAUGUGGUGAGAUUUUUGGAGGAACUGUUGCCAGAGUUGCUGAACAUAGAGGGGAAAAGAGAGAUUGAACGAGCACACCGGGUCGCUGGCCAGCGACCCACGGCAGGAGACAGACCCAGACCAAUACUGGCCAGGUUUUUGAGAUCGUCAGACCGGGAUGCGGUACUACGAGCAGCGAGAAACAAAGGCAAGCUGACCUGGGGAAACACUACUGUUAUGCUUUUCCCCGACUACUCCAGAGCCACCCAGAUGAAGCGCGACAAAUUCAAGGAUUGCAAGAAAAACUGCAUGAGCGGGGGGUGAAUUUCAGGAUGCUCUUCCCGGCCAAGCUGAGAAUCCAGACCGGCGAGGGUGAGAAGGCUUUUGAUUGUCCCCGGAGAGCCAUGGCUUUCAUAGACGCUAUGCAGUGAGUAACGUGUCUGAAGGACUGAUUUGUUUCCAUUCUCAUUCUGCGCUCCCGUUCGUUAUGUUAAAGAGACUGGUGUAGACUUUUUUUCCUUCUCCAUGGUAGCGGUGCGUGAGGACUCACGACGGGUGGAGCCUCGCAGACCAGACACGGACCGUCGGUCCUCUGUUGGAGGGUCUUACGUGGGGGUUCAAAUGUGCAAAGUUCAGGUAAUGUGAUGUGUGCCGUUCAAGCUUGGUCAGAGAUGCUGUACCAUCAUUUAACGAAAGCUACCACCUUCUAGCUCUGAAAAACAAUGGCGGCCUACUGAUUCCAUCACAAGGCACAGUGAAGGUUUGAUUUUAUAAUCUUGUAUUAUUUUUUUUAUCUUUGCAUGUUAAAGUUGCUUUGUUCUUUAUUUUCUCUGUACUGUAAGCUGUCUUUUAGCACUGUGUAAAGCGCUAUGAAAAUAUAAUUAUUUUUAUUAUUGAGAGUUGCAGAGAGGGUGAUUCGCCAGGCAUCAACAAAACAAGCUCCAAAGGUGUCAACAGUCACACACAUCGUCCGGGAGGAGAUUGGAACGGAGGAUGUUUUUCUGCUUGGGGAGCACAUUGAAGAAACACAUCAUUCCAGCUUGUCAUUGGUUGUGUUUGCCAAACUUACCUGUACCUUGACCUGCAGAAAGGGAGCACGAGAAAGAAGCUCUGCAAAACAGUCCUCUUUCAUCGGUUUUAUCUGUAAAACGUUUGUACAUGUGUAAAUGUGGUUUGGGGCAGGGAUGUCAUGUUCUUAAUGCAAUAACAUCAUCAUCAAACAACAAAGCCAUACAAAUUUCAGACUUGUUUAUUAAAGUACUGUUUGAGUUCAUUUUCAAAGUAUUUUCCAUUUGGUUUUUCUUUGCCCAUUUCGUUUUGUGAAUAUGAAAUUUGCCCAGCAUGAUGAUAGUCUGCAACAAAAGGGAAAGGCUGUAAGGUAUGGAGGGAUUUUCAAACUGAAAGAGGAUGUGGCUCUCCUGGAGGCUGAUCCUGUGUCCGGUUUUGUUAUGGAUUAGGUUUUGUAUAUGAUUCCAGAGGUUUUUACUGUAUGAGCAUUGAUAAAAGAGGUGAAUGAUUUGAUUUUUCAUUUAGUCACAGAAUGAGCAGUGUUGAAGAAGAAAAUGAAAUUGCAUUUUGGAAUAUUGCUUUUUCAUUUUAUUUUUGAGUCAAAAAGUGCAGCCAUGACUUUGAAAUGCAAAAGCAUUUCUGCUAAUGCUUUUGAAUUUGAGUUUUGAGUCACAUUCGCUUCCAUAGCUCAAACCCUGGGUAGAUGAAACAUCCUUUUUCAAGUGGGGAAACUGCACAAACUGAGAGAAAAAUCAUCAAUGAGAAUCACCUGUCAUUGAAAGUGGGAGGACACUUGACACUAUGGGAGAGUGCAAAGAACAGAGAGAGCUGCCUUUAAACAGAACACUGAGCAGUAAAAUACAUUCACUAACUUACAGCAUGAACAGUUUUCUACCAGCAGUCCUGUCUUGAAUCACCUGCAGUAGCAUCUUUAUUCUCUUUUUCCAUGUCUGUUUUCUGUCUAUGUUCCUUAUUUUUAACAGUUUAAGUUCAUUUGUAUCAGUUUUAGGUGAAACUGAAAAGAGCUAAAAGUGAACUGUUUAGUUGAAAUGUGUCCUCUGUGUUGGCUGAUGAACAUAUGGGACACUCUGACACUUGUGUAUAGAGUGGUAUCCUAAUGAAGAUGUGUUUGAUGUGACAGGUGAUUGGCAGGAGGAGGAGAGUCUGACGGAGGAGCAGAGGAAUGUUGGCAGCCAUUUAGUCUGAGCUCAACAACAGAGGAAACAUGGAUUCUUCACAAAAAAAAUGUAAACGCAGCAAUGGAGUGAGAUGUCGGACCUCUGAGGAGGAUAAGGAUGGUUCGGCAACAACAGCAAAAAGAGAUGAAUCACUGAGUUGUGCGCAAUGUGGCAAGACUUUUAUCACAGCAACAAAGCUAAGAAUUCACAAACAUAUUCACACUGUGGACAAACCAUUCAGCUGUGAUCAGUGUGGAAAGGCUUGUACUCACAAGAGUGAUUUAAAAAGACAUCAACUCAUUCACAGUGGAGUUAAAUCAUUCAGCUGUGAUCAGUGUGGAAAGGCAUUUACUCAGAAGAGUGAUUUAAAAAGACAUCAACUCAUUCAUAGUGGAGUAAAAUUGUUUGCCUGUGAUCACUGUGGAAAGGCUUUUACUCAUGUGCGCUAUUUAAAAUCCCACCAACUCAUUCACUGUGAAGUUAAACCAUUCAGCUGUGAUCAGUGUGGAAAGGCUUUUAUUACAAAGACUCUGUUAAAACAUCAUCAACUCAUUCACAGUGGAGUUAAACCAUUCGGCUGUGAUCAGUGUGGAAAGGCUUUUAUUACAAAGACUCUGUUAAAACGUCAUCAACUCAUUCACAGUGGAGUUAAACCAUUCAGCUGUGAUCAGUGUGGAAAGGCUUUUACUGACAAGAGUACAUUAAGAGAUCAUCAACUCAUUCACAGUGGAGUUAAACCAUUCAGCUGUGAUCAGUGUGGAAAGGCUUUUACUCUGAAGAGUCACUUAAAAAGACAUCAACUAAUGCACAGUGGAGUUAAUCCAUUUAAAUGUGAUCAGUGUGGAAAGGCUUUUACUCACAAGAGUUGCUUGAAAAAGCAUCAACUCCUUCACAGUGGAGUGAAACCAUUCAGCUGUAUUCAGUGUGGAAAGGCUUUUACUCAGAGGAGUAACUUAAAAAGUCAUCAACUCAUUCACAGUGGAGUUAAACCAUUCAGCUGUGAUCAGUGUGUGAAAACCUUUACUCAACAUGAACAGUUGUUGAUCCAUCGAUGCCCCCAUUCUGGUAAAAAGCGAUACCACUGUGACUCCUGUGAAAAAACUUUCAACAACCAACAGAACUUAAAACGUCACCAACGCAUCCACACUGGACAUGAUGUGUACGUAUGUGAUCACUGUGGUGAACCAUUUGUAUUGUACUCGCAGUUAAAAGCUCAUGAAGUGACCCACACUGGGGUUAAACCAUACCUUUGUGACCAGUGUGGGAAACGCUACAGCUACAUUGCAAACCUCAAAGUUCACCAACGUGUCCACACUGGGGAGAGACCAUACAGAUGUGAUGAGUGUAAGAAGACUUUUACAACUUUGGGUUCCCUGAAACAACACCAGCAGAUCCACACCAGAAAGAAAGCAUUCAAUCAGUGUCACAGUGAGCAGAACGGAACAGAUGGACAAAACUCUCAGACUUGUCAGCACUCUGCCAAUGGUGAAAAGUGCUGCUUUGACCAGUCUGGACCAACGUCCAACCAACAAGGAACCCAGCAACGACACCAGCGUAUGCACACUGGACACAGACUGAACCCCUGCCAAGAAGAUUUCUCCAUGCAGGGUUCAGUAAAAGUUCAUGAAGUCCUCCACAAACUUAAAGUCCUUGAGAUCCGGCUUCACAAAAUUCAGGUCUAAUUUCUUGUUUAGUGUCUUUGUUGCUUCGUUGCGAAAUCCAUUAAGAAGAAAGCUGUCAUUAACAGACUUGUCCGGUAAAUUAUUAAACCAUUCAAAGUGGUUACUCAGUUAAAUGAAUUAUCAGUGGUAGAGGGAUAGAUGUCUUAAAUUUGCAAAAAUUUCUAGAUUUCUGUUUUUUUCUGUCAAGAUGGGGUGCUGAGAAAUAAAAUGAACUUUUUUUAUUUUGCCAAGUGGCUGCAGUGACAGAGUGAAAAAUUUCAAGGGGUCUGAAUACUUUCUGUACCCACAUGUAUGUGUCUGGAGAUAGUGGCAUUUUUAUAACGGCACAUUUUCAUGCUUUGACAGAUACAGUGAGGGAAAAAAGUUUUCAGACACCCUGAAAAGUUUUACACAAUUGUAGGGAUACUGCGAAGGCCUAUGGAAUUCCAGAUGACGAACUCAGAUGAGCCAAAACUCUUUUCUCUACAGGAAGAUUGGGACAGUGUAUUACUAUGUGUUUUAUUCACAGGAGAAGGACAUUCAGAUCUUUCACUUGAGGAUGGAGCUCCUGUAAUCAUCUCCUGCACCUGGAAGAACCUGUUCUUUUUGAAGACAAUGACUAUCACUUUAUUCUUAAAUGUUUUGUUGGACAAAAACCUUAUUUUUGCUCUAACCAAAUCCCCCCUCCCCUCUCAGGAAUGCACUCUCAGAGACAGCGCUGCCUGGCUCCAAAGUCAUAACAUUUAUGACCCUGCUGCAGAAGGCUGGAACAGAGAGAGACACUCUCUUUAACUGAAGGAACUGAACAUCUUCAAAGUUCAUAUUUCUGAGAUUUAUUUUGUUCUUUCCUGAUAACCAAAGUUAUAGUGAGAUUAUGUUGUACAUCAUAUCCAAAAAUGACAUUUAUGUCUUUUACAGAAGCCUAGAUAUCAAAAUGCCUGGUUAAUUGAUCUCUCCCACAGGAUUUUGGACUGAAUUCCCUUAUUAACCUCUGAAUUUACUUUCUAUUUAGGUUGAAUGAUGACCAUUGUAUUUACCUGUUACCAAAUCUCUGACUUGUUAUAUUUUUAAUGUGAUACAUAUUUCUAAUGUCAUAAACAUAAACAUGUAGUUAUGAAUGAAAUGUCACAUAAUAUGAACAUAUGUAUUAAUCUACACAUAUUUCUCUUUCACACAACUGAAUUAUGGUGAAGGAAUAGACAGAUCGUGUUUUGCGCGUUUGAGACUAUAUUUUUAACAGAUUCCUGAUCAUCCCUUGUUCUCUGCCCCUCUCCUCUGGAGAACAAAGAGAGUCGUAUUACUACCCAGAGGUUCGCGCCGAAAGGUUUCUCUCUCCGCCCAGGUCCGUCCUCCGAGGCUUCUGACCCUUAAAUUCAGCUGCUGCCCCCACCUCUCGCUCUUACCCUCGCUUCCCUUUCUUUUCCUCACUGGGGAAUCCAUGAUGGAGAUUCCCAUUAUUUUCUUACCGAAAGCACGCUUUUCCUCUUUGAAAUUCCCUCACCAUCAAAGUUUAACUAUUUAUCUCUUAAUAUUUUUGUAACUUAAGGAGACAUUUUGCUCAAUUUUAAGUAAAUUUUAUUCGUUUAAUCUGGAGAACCGAAUCAGAACCAGCAUUUCCUUUUCUUAAUUUUGGCAGUUUUUCAUCAAACAUCCAUUUUUCUUGGCUAAAGCCUGAGAGCCAUCAUUUUAAUUCAAGUGACUCUUCAUCAACCGGGCUCCAUUCAGCUGUGCACACCGGAAAUCUUUUGGACCAGAUUCCCGGGUCCGGAACCAAUCACUGACAUAACAACGGUCCUACGCACAGAACCAGCAAGUCCAGUGCGUCUGAAGGGCCCGCUGAAGGCUCGCAAGGUCCCAGCCAGGAGUCGACUCCAACAGAUGGUUCUGUUACCGUAAGACCAGCUGAGAUUGCUCUGCCUGAUCUGGUUGAUGUGACUAACCGCUUGAUUAAUUAAAUCCGCCAGUUUAUUCUUCUACAAAUCAUUGAUCUUAAUCCAAAUUACCGGUUACCUCGUCAAGUUAGCUCUGGCUCUUCUCUCACCAUAUCUCCAGUCUCCCACUCUACACACACACCCAAACCUCUCUCUCUCUCUCUCUCUCUCUCUCUCUCUCUCUCUCUCUCUCUCUCUCUCUCUCUCUCUCUCUCUCUCUCUCUCUCUCUCUCUCUCUCUCUCUCUCUCUCUCUCACACACACACACACACACACAUACACAUUCCACAGACACAUGUAGAUGCACACGCACACACACACACACAUCAUAUCUGCCUUGUAUAUAGUUCACUUGUCAUUAUUUUAAUAGAAUAGUCAAUAAAUACAUUCAUUUUAGACCAAA